AUGACCAAGCAGCGUGAGGUGAGCUGUUCAGCUGUUGGAGCAUUUGUUUGCUACCUGCAUGUUCCUGUCGGACCAAGUCAUCAGGUAGACACGUCGGUGAGGCAAGUACUCCGUACGGAUACAGCAGGCACGAACAUUCAGGUUGGCGCCAAGGCCAAGGAGGAACUGGAGGAGUCAGGAAAAGCAAGAGGGGAAAUGAUGCGAAACGGGACUUUGGUGGAUUUGCAUCUCGCUUUUGCAUCUUGCAGCCUUUGGGCUUCACUUAAAGAAAGCUACCUAAGACUAAGGCACAUUUGGGUUGCCCGAGUUGCCUGCCUGGGUCUUGCCCAUCUCACCCAAGAAAACACGACCGAGGGAGAAGCUAUCAACCAUAAGGCUCACGUCGUGAUUCCGUCCGUCUCUCCGUUGAAAAGAGGAAUGCGUGUGCAGUGUGCUCCAAAGAUGCAAGUCCAAGGCGACACAGGGCAGAACAGGGCAGAAAGCGGGUUCCGUUGA